AUAAGGGAGUGCGAGACGAAGAGAGGACAACCGCAGAUAUGCCUCUGCCUGGUGGUGAAUGUCUGCUUCUCCACCUUCCAGGAUGGCCUGGGACUCCCCGUGCAGCAGGGACUCACUGCGCCCGAAGAUACGGAGUGCCUCGAGCGGGACGGGCGGCAGCCCGCGCGGUGCCACAACACACACCUUGGAGGAGCUGCGGCGCCUGCUCUGCACACGCACGCAGCCCGUGCGCCACGUGGAUGAAGUCUGGCCAAACCUUUACGUGGGAGACCUGUACAUUGCUCGUGACAAAGUGCAGCUGAGCCAAAUGGGGAUCUCCCAUGUAGUGGAUGCUACUGCUGGGCGAUUUCACAUUGACACUGGACCCAGGUUCUACAAAGACUUGUCUGUGGAUUACUAUGGAGUAGAAGCAAAGGACAACCCAAACUUUGAUCUCAGCAUUUACUUCUACCCAGUCGCUCAAUACAUAAAAGCAGCACUGAGUUCCCCAAGAGGCAAAGUACUUGUUCACUGUGCAAUGGGAAUCAGCCGAUCUGCAACCCUUGUCCUCGCUUUCUUAAUGAUCUGUGAAAACAUGUCCCUUGCCGAUGCAAUUCAGACUGUGCGUUCACACAGAGGGAUCUGCCCCAACUCUGGCUUCCUCAAGCAGCUAUGGGAGCUGGACCUCCAGUUAGGAAGAGGGAAAGGCAGAGGAGCAGAGGCCUGCUAGUUCCAAGGGGGCACUCCUGGCAGCAGACCAAGAGAUGCUGCCCUCACUGAAGACAGUGAAAGGAUGCCAUAACUGAGAAAGUCCUUGGGAAAUGGCUGAGGAUAAGCAAGCUGUUGGGGUUGAGCAUGUAUUCUUUGGUAAGACCACUAAUUGGAAAGAAAGUGAAAUAA